GUAUAAGAUCGAGCAUGUUUGCAUCCCCCAAUAUAUUGAAUACAAAUAUAAAACAUCACUGUCCGAAACAAAAGACCCCACCUUGCCAGAACAAGACGUCCGACUUGAUAAAUCAUAAUCAUUCAACCCCAUUGGUCAUUUCAAUAGCAUAUGCUUCAGAUGAUUCCCGGUUUUCUUCAUCGAAUCGAAUAUCCAUAAUCCACUUCCAUUACUCUCUUCCCCUACGAUUCCUCCUUCUAAUUAAUAUUCUCUUUUUCAUAUUUAAAAAUCCCCAAUCUUUCUACUUGCUUACAAGUCACCACCAAUCAUAAUGCCAAGAUCUUCUUUCGAUAUAAACCCCUAUUUCUUCCUCUCUGCAUCUGCAUCUACAUCUGCGUCUGCUUCAUUUGCUUGAUACUAGUUCAAGAUUUUCUUGAUUUUGUGCUUUUAUAACGCUACCCUUCCAAGAUUCCAUCUUCUUCGUUUCUUGCAAAAGAAUGACAAUCGAGCAGCGGAAAGAAGAUGAAGAGGAGGGUCCUCCUUCUCAGGUUGAAUAUGAAAUUGUCACUAAGCCUAGGCGUAUUGCUCUCUUCGUUGAACCAUCUCCCUUUGCGUAUGUGUCUGGAUACAAGAAUCGGUUUCAAAACUUCAUUAAAUAUUUACGCGAGAUGGGGGACGAGGUGAUGGUUGUAACGACUCAUGAAGGGGUGCCUGAAGAAUUUCAUGGAGCAAAAUUAGUUGGCUCACGAAGCUUCCCUUUCCCAUGGUAUCAGCAAGUGCCACUUUCCCUUGCUCUGAGCCCUCGAAUCAUCAAUGAAGUUAAAAAGUUCAAACCAGACAUCAUCCAUGCAUCAUCUCCUGGUAUUAUGGUUUUUGGAGCGCUUGCAAUUGCAAAAAUGUUGUCUGUCCCGAUAGUGAUGUCGUAUCAUACACAUGUGCCUGUAUACAUACCAAGAUACACGUCUAGCUGGUUAGUUAAGCCAAUGUGGUUAGUUAUAAAAUUUCUUCAUCGAGCUGCUGAUCUUACAUUGGUCCCAUCGGCUGCUAUUGCAAAGGAUCUUGAACAAUACAAAGUAGCAGAAGCUAACACGAUCCGUCUAUGGAAUAAGGGUGUUGAUUCAGAUAGCUUUCAUCCAAAAUUCAAGUCACAUGAAAUGCGAGUUAGAUUAUCCAAUGGCGAACCGGAUCGACCAUUGAUUGUACAUGUUGGGCGUAUCGGAGUUGAGAAAAAUCUAGAUUUCCUUAAAAGUGUCAUGGAAAAGAUCCCACAGGCAAGGAUAGCUUUCGUUGGAGAUGGUCCAUACAGGGAGGAUCUUGAAAAGCUAUUCGAAGGGAUGCCAGCUGUCUUCACAGGAAUGUUACAAGGCGAAGAAUUAUCCCAAUCAUACGCCAGCGGGGACAUAUUCCUAAUGCCUUCCGAAUCCGAAACACUCGGGCAGGUCGUCCUGGAAGCCAUGUCAUCAGGGCUGCCCGUAGUGGCUGCCCGAGCUGGAGGUGUGCCCGACAUUAUCCCGCCCGAACAGGAGGGAAAAACCGGGUUCCUCUUCACCCCCGGAGAUCUUGACGACUGUUUAAAAAAACUGGUCCCGUUAUUAGAUGACGUGGCGUUACGUGAAAAGAUCGGGCAGGCUGCCCGAGAGGAGAUGGAGAAGUACGAUUGGCGGGCAGCAACAAAAGUGAUUAGAAAUCAACAGUAUAAUGCUGCAAUUUGGUUUUGGAGAAAGAAAAGAGAAGAACUAAUGAAACCUUUACAUUGGUUUGCAAGGUGUUUUCUCCCCACAGAAGAACCACAACGAAAGAUUACUUCAGGGGUUAAUCCGUAGAUCUGAAGUUGUUUAUGUUUGUUGUUGUUUUUAAAAGUGUAAUUGCAAUUGUGGUAUAUUUAAUAUUUGGUUUGGUUGUAGGAAAAGGGUGAUAGAGUGGUAGAUAUUGUAUUAUUUGUUAGUAUUUUGAAACGCUAAAUGCUCUUAUGUGUUAUUCGUUUGAUGUAAAAUUAAUAAUUGCUUAUAGCAGCAUGUGGUUAUAGUCUAUGUAUGCUUGGUGUAGCAGUAAAGGUGUGAAAAUAAAUAAGUGAAGUUUUUGGUUUUGGUUU